AAGAACGAAGUUGAAUUGAAACAUGGCUGCUUCCAUGAAGAAGGCAGCGCAUGAAGUCGAGUCGCGUAAACGGACUGAUGAUGUGUUGCUGUCGGAGGACAUCGAGUUCAGCUCGCUGCUGCUGUCACCGCUGGUGCUUCAAGGCUUGUCGUCCGCUGGGUUUCAGAAACCGUCACCGAUUCAGCUGAAAGCCAUUCCACUCGGACGAUGUGGACUAGACCUGAUUGUCCAGGCCAAGUCGGGCACUGGGAAGACCUGUGUGUUUGCCACCAUCGCCCUGGACUCCCUCCUCCCAGAAAACCCAGGACCGCAGGUGUUGGUUCUGGCUCCCACUCGGGAGAUAGCGGUCCAGAUCCACUCGGUCGUCAUGGCGAUCGGCAGCGCCAUCGAGGGCUUGGAGUGCCACGUGUUCAUCGGGGGCACACCCGUCAGUCAGGACAAGACCCGCCUCAAGAAGUGCCACAUCGCCGUCGGCUCGCCAGGUCGUAUUAAGCAGCUGAUUGAGAUUGGUGUUCUGUCCACAACGAGCAUCAGGCUGUUUGUUCUGGACGAGGCUGACAAACUACUGGAGGAGGGCAGCUUUCAGGAGCAGAUCAAUUGGAUCUUCUCCUCGUUGCCAUUGAAUAAACAGAUGCUCGCUCUGUCUGCCACCUACCCAGAAUCCUUAGCGCAGCACCUGACGCGCUACAUGCGUGAGCCCACCUUUGUGCGCCUCAACCCCACAGACCCGGGACUCAUCGGUCUGAAGCAGUACUACCGGCUGGUGCCCACCCAUCCGCUGCCCCAUAAGGUGUUUGAGGAGAAGGUGCAGAAGCUGCUGGACCUCUACAGCAAGGUGCCCUUCAACCAGUCACUCGUCUUCUCCAACCUGCACAGCCGGGCUCAGCAGCUGGCUGAUAUCCUGUCCUCUAAGGGUCUGCCUGCCGUGUGCAUCUCCAGCAGCCUCACACAGGACCAGCGGCUGGAUGCAAUGUCCAAACUCAGACACUACCAGUGCAGAGUGCUCAUCUCCACAGACCUGACGUCUCGUGGGAUAGAUGCUGAAAAGGUGAACUUGGUGGUGAACCUGGAUGUACCGCAGGACUGGGAGACCUACAUGCACCGCAUCGGCAGAGCAGGACGCUACGGCACUCACGGACUGGCCGUCACAUACUGUUGCCAUGGUGAGGAGGAGAAUAAGAUGAUGAUGAUUGCCCAGAAGUGCAACCUCAACAUUACAGCAUUGCCAGACCCAAUCCCUGCCGGUCUGAUGGAGGAGCGUUGUGAUUGGGACAUCACCGUCCAGCCCCCCCACAAAGAUGACCUGUCCAGCCUGUCCCUCCCCAGGAGGAAAUCCCCCAAACGCAGUACUCAGGCCAGCCCCUCCUAUCAGCCAAUCACAGAGCAGAUCACCAGCACGGCAACCGCAGAGCAGCACUCAGACAGACCAAUCAGGAAACAGCACUCAGACGGCCCAAUCAGAAAACAGCACUCAGACGGCCCAAUCAGAAAUCAGCACUCAGACGACCCAAUCAGAAAACGGCACUCAGACGGCCCAAUCAGAAAACAACACUCAGGCGACCCAAUCAGAAAACAGCACUCAGACGGACCAAUCAGCAAACACCCCGAGUCCCCGGAAGUGGGUGUGUCCUCCCUUGGCCCCGCCCCCAUCUCUCGUCAGCGUCAGCAGGACGCGCUGCCCAAGAUCCCGCCUCUUCCCUCGUUCAAGCCGCGCUGCGCCGAGCCCAUCAGCCUGCGCCACGCCGAGCGGGACUUCCAGCGCUUCAUCACGGAAGGACCCGGAAGGAGCGUGGAGGUGGUGCGCCAGUUCCGGGGUCGGCCGGCCAAUGGCCAGGAUGAUGACGUCACCGCCGACGACGGAGGGGCGGAGCCACAGGAAGAGCGGUUUGUGUUGCACGACAACGAGCAACCAGCGGUGACAUCACAGAGGAGGAGGAGGAGCUUGACCUCUGACCCCUCUGGCCCCGCCCCCUCCUCCUCGUCCUCCUCGUCUUCCUCCUCCUCCAGCUCAGAGUCCGAUAUGGAGACGGAGCAGAAAGUUCCGGCAGCGCGGAGCGGCCACGUCGUCACGCGUCGGCCAGCUGGACCAAUCAAAACAGAGCCCGUACGUGCAGCGGCACACGCCCCCAAACACCACAGCCAAUCACAAACCAGCGCAGCCAGACGCCACCACCAAUCCCCUCAACCCACCACCACCACCACCGCACCCCCCAGGCACCCAUACACACACCCUCCGCCACCUCCACACACACGGGGCAGACCGAUGACCUCCCCAGCCCAGAGAGGAGGCUCUUCCAGGGGGAGAGCUGGGCGCCAGGACCCCCUGCGGACACCCCCGGUGGAGCUGGAGGAGGAGGAGGAGGAGGAGGAAGAGGAGGAGGCGCAGACUCAGCACUACUGGGGGAGAGGCUCUUCAAGGGGGAGAAGCAGGCGUCACGAUCCUCUGCGGACACCCCUGAAGAAGGAGGAGGAGGAGGAGGAAGAGGAGGAGGAGGAGGAGGAGGAGGAGGAGGAGGAGCAGGACUACUGGGGGAGGUGCUACUCCAGGGCCUGGGAGCAGUACUACAGCUCGCUGCCUGCUCCCUACAGACACGCCUACAGCUCCUCCCACGCCUGGAUGGCAGCCUAUCGCAUGAGCAGCGUCUACAUGCAGGAGAUGAUGAAACCAUAGCAACGCCUCUCCUCUCUUCCUCCUCUCCAUCCUCUUCUUCCCUCUCCUCCUCCCUUCUAUCCCCUUCUCCUCUCCUCUCUGUCUGCCUCUCUUCUCCUACUCCGCCCUCAGUCACAUAAAGAGCAUGUCUAGAUUGGCAGGUGUGCAGAGACACACAACAGUGAUCCUGUUCUCCUCUCCUCUCUCCUCUCUCUCCUCCUUUCUCAUUUCUCUAUCCUUCUCUCCCCUCUCCUCCUUUUUUCUCUUCUCUCCUCUCUCUAUCCCCCACUCCUCUGCUCUCCUCUCAACAGUAGUGCUGUUUUUGAACCAGUCUCCUCUGGCACCGCAGGUUGGCAUGUGUUUGGUUGUGUUUUCUGUUCUUCUUUUUUUAAUGUGUGUGUGUGUGUGUGUGUCUGCAUGUGUUAAGCUGAUCAGUGCUUUUGAGUAAACACACACACGGUUGUAAACAGAUGUAAGGUGUUUUACAUUCUCUUGUGAAAAGAGUUCUUUAUAAUAAAACUAAUGAUCAACUCUCAACCCAAA